UUGACAGUAUUAUAUCAACCUCCGGCAGCGCGUAGUCGUGUUGUGCUCGCCUUCGUUUAUAAAUCUCGCUUCUAAAACUCCGAAAGAAAGAGGAACUUCCAUUCAGAGUUUUUCGCGACGAAUGGUGAUUCGCAUACAGGGAUCUACGUGCGUGGGAGUCCCUUUACGACAGUUUCGAACAGUUUUGAAGGACAAAAAGAAGAAAUAAUCGAGUGAAUAAAGGCAGAAGAGACCAGAAGGAGGGAAGAAUUGGAGAAACAUUAGUUCUGUUAGUAUUUUAGUUCUCAAUUUUUUCUUUUCUUUCUCAAAAGAACUUGUUAAAAAUUCCCCCCACCCCAAAAAAACGUACCGGCAAGAUAAAACAAAAAGCUGCCGCGACGACAGACACGAGGGAAUCAUUAUAUUGAGACGUUCCGCGAAUUUGUGUUGCGUGUUUUGUGAGUGAUAAACGCUUAUCGUCGCGCGGCAACUGGAGACUUUUCGCGUCAGCAUCAGAGCACAGAUCGUUCUCCUUUUCAAAAAAGCUUCACCUUUGCCGCCUAAGUUUGAAGAGGGUUGCUUCUUCCUGGAUAACCGGAAGUGGCUAUUAAACGACAAAGGUAGAACAAUGUCGACACUCGAGAACAUCUUCUUUUGAAGCUUUACUCUCUUUCUUUCNCUCUCUCUCUCUCUCUCUUACGAAUCUUCAAGAUAAUAAUUCGAGCCUGUUGAGUCAUGCUGUGCCUCCUUGCGCUUCGUUCAAAGAUGCCUUUCAUGUUGUAAAUAAUACUGGAUGAAAGGUAGCUUCAGAUCGAAGAUGGGCAAGCUUUUGAGUCUUCUGGCUCGAGACGAGUCUACCUGUUGCACGCCUCAAAAGUACGACGUCUUUUUGGAUUUCGAAAAUGCACAACCUUCCGACAUAGAAAGGGAGACCUUUGAAGCGGUGCAAAGAGUUCUGAAAAAUUCAGAAUCUAUCUUAGAGGAGAUUCAGUGCUACAAAGGGGCAGGGAAAGAAAUCAGAGAGGCGAUUUCGGCGCCCACGGAGGAGUGUCAACGGAAAGCCUACCUGACUGUUGCCCCUCUGGUUGCCAAGCUGAAAAGAUUCUAUGAAUUUUCAUUAGAACUUGAAAAGGUCGUACCAAAGAUCCUGGGUCAAUUGUGCUCUGGCAACCUCUCGCCGACCCAACAUCUCGAAACCCAACAGGCUUUGGUGAAACAGCUGGCAGAAAUUCUGGAGUUCGUUUUAAAAUUCGACGAGCACAAGAUGAAGACCCCGGCUAUUCAGAACGACUUCAGCUAUUAUCGGAGAACAUUGACCAGAGCAUCUCUGGCGCGACAGGAAAAUGCCGAGAAGGACCUCGUGGUCGGCAAUGAGCUCGCCAACCGAAUGUCCUUGUUCUACGCCCACGCGACACCCAUGCUUCGUGUUCUGAGUCACGCGACCAUUACUUUCUUGAUGGACAACGAAGAUGUAGCACGUGAGAACAUUACAGAAACGCUUGGUACCAUGGCCAAGGUUUGCCUGCGCAUGUUAGAAAAUCCGAAUCUACUGGCGCAAUUCCAACGAGAGGAAACUCAACUCUUUGUUCUGAGAGUGAUGGUAGGGUUAGUGAUCCUUUAUGAUCACGUUCAUCCCCAAGGUGCCUUUGUUAAGGGUUCGAAUGUCGAUGUUAAAGGCUGUGUGAAGCUGUUGAAGGAACAACCACCCUGCAAAAGCGAGGGUCUACUGAACGCUCUCCGCUACACCACCAAGCACCUGAACGAGGAGAACACACCGAAAAACAUCAAGAACCUGCUAGCAGCAUGAUUACCGAAGCAGCGCGGCUGCUGCAUUCGAAGCUGAGACAAUUGCCUGCUAAAAUGUCGGAAGCUGAACGCAAUGCCAUUCUCAUAUUCUAUAGCGUUCACGAGAACGCCGAAGAUGAUAUCCUUCGCGACUUUUAAUCUCGGGACGCAAAGAGCAAUCUCCUGUUUCUGAUCGUGGCUGGGUGGUGGACCACUGAAAACGUGUCUUUCGUAAUCGAGUCUAUAGCUGCCCGAAAACUGCCGACUUCUACAUACCUUCUGACAAAAAAAAA